AGCACCUUCAUUUAAUGUCAAGCUCUGGCAAAUCUUGCUGAAGGUAGGUUGAAUACACUCCUGUGUUUUGUCAGAUAUUCUGCCAGUUGAGUCUGAUACUGUUGCCUGGUCAGCCCUGUUGUCGGAGUCGCAGCGUCCAAUGAAGGUUGACCAGCGUUGUUCGCAAAUCAUCGAAAUGACAAACACCUAUAUGAUGAUCUCAGACUCGAUCAAAGAGAGAGAGAUCUCCUACUGGUCAAUCAUUCCUUCUACACUCGAUCCGGCCAAGCGUGAAGAGCCACCUUUUCACGGUCUUCCUCUUCCGACAUUAGCGGAAGCCUGUUGCUCGUACAUGCCUGCCAAACGGAGUCCCUUGCGAACGGACUGCAAUCAACUUGAACAGCUUGGAAUUGUCUCAAAGCCGCUGCAGAAGGCACCUGUGGCUUGUUCUCCGGCUGCAUGUCUGGACGAUGCUUCUAGCGCUGCUAGUCCUCCGAACAUCAAAUUCGACACGAGCACCGUGGCCAACGAGCCGUUCUUGAUCCCACACAGAGCUUUAAGCUCGAAGGAGGACCUGGUUGCGUUUGGCGUUAGGGACAGUGAGUGCCUGCGCGCCGAUCACCUCAUUAGUGUCGCACACCAAGAGCCUGGAUUAGCCACCAGCAACAACGAUGCUGAAGUCCCACUGCCGAAAGUCGAAGUACCAUGUGAUUAUAGCUCCUCUGUGACAUUCAAUGAUAGCUUUAGAAGUGCACAGGAGACGAUAGAUACCACCAGUGCUCUCACCUGGUCCAUCCCUGAAGUUUAUCAAGUGGGAUGUGCAACGCAUUCGAGGGAUAUCAGCCACGAUGAACUGGCAUAUCCCGCACCUUUUGUGUGCAGCGCAACAGCCCAUUCAUGCAAUGAUGACCUGAGUGGUACCUUCGACCAGCUGAUUUCCAUGCCGGAUCACUCUCCAGAUGACAGUUUUCAGCCCAGCCAUGACGGGUGGUCGGACAUUCCAAGUCCAUUAGCUGGAGACUCGUCUACCUUUGCUCCUUCACAUCAUCCGCUCCCCCCUCCAUUCCGGCCGCAGUUAUCCCCAACCAACGGACAUGGUGUGAUUGAGAUAGGAGGCGCACUCAGAGAAUCCCCGACGCGCGGAUCCGAUGCCAAGAACAAGCUCUUGAUCCAGUACAAGCAGCAAGGCUUUUCGUACAAGACCAUCAAGGAGGUUUGCAACUUCGCCGAGGCUGAAUCCACCCUUCGUGGCAGAUACCGGACUUUGACCAAACCCAAGCACUCUCGAAUUCAACUUCUUUGUGAAGCGGUGAUUCGGUUGGGACACGGCCGACAGGUGUCGCAGUGCCCGUACCUCUUCGAUUACCAGUCUCGAAAUCCCGCCCUCGCUCAGCCGCCGAAGGUAUCCUGGAAACAGGUGGCGCUCUAUAUACAUGAGAACGGAGGCUCAUACCUCUUUGGGAAUGCGACGUGUAAGAAGAAAUGGUGUGAGGUGCAUGAUGUGAAGUGUUGA